AUCCCGAGAUUCGAACGUAUGAGAUUUUUCGCAUUCAUGUUUCUUGAAAACUUCAACAUCGGAGUCGGACUUAAUAAACCUUCCCUCUCUUUUCCAUUAAUGUUAGAAAGAACAAGUUUCCGUUAAACUUUUACACCAGAAAAUGGCCCGUCGUUACCGAGAUGCGGCUGCCAAAUUGCAACAAAAUGUGCGGAAGCAUUUGGAUGUGAUGAAAGACCUUUCUUCCUCUGAAGAUGAGGAGCCUUUUGAGUCUACUGUCCUCGAAGGUGUGUUCCAGAGUUAUUGGCGAGGUGGAGGGGACACACAAUUGUUAAACCGGACGAAAAAUCUCUUGGAAGAAGCAAUAAGUGGCCGACCAAUUACUUGCCUUAUUUGCAUAGGAAGUAUAAAACGAUCUGAUGCUAUUUGGACUUGUAGCCAUUGCCACUGUUAUUUCCAUCUAUCUUGCAUACAGAAAUGGUCAAACGACAGUAUCAGCUUGAGAACCGAAGACACACAAGGCCCAAUUUCUGUAGUAAAACCAAAGAAAAUAGAAUGGUGCUGUCCAAAAUGCCGAUUUUCGUAUUCUAAGGAAGAAAUACCCCGUAAGUACCGUUGUUUUUGUGAAAAAACUGAUGACCCACCUCUUCACCCUUGGUUGCUACCUCAUUCUUGUGGAGAGGUUUGUGAAAAGAGAUUGUCUUCAGGAGAUAAUUGUAAACACAAAUGUCUGCUACUUUGCCAUCCUGGUCCAUGCCCUCCGUGCCCCCAGACUGUCAAUGGAGUCUGUUAUUGUGAGAAAGAACGGAAAAAAGUUAGAUGUAGUGCUGCUAAAUGGUCUUGUGGUCAGCAGUGCAAGAAGACAUUGUUUUGUAACUCACACAAGUGUGAAAAUAUCUGUCACGAGGGAGACUGUCCCCCGUGCACUUAUACCAGUGUACAGACAUGUCAAUGUGGCAGCGAGAAGGUCAAGAGACCCUGUAAUGACCCUUUUUGGCAGUGCAAGAAACCAUGCAAUAAACCUUACUCAUGUGGCUAUCAUAAAUGUGAAAAAGUCUGUCAUGCUGGGCCGUGUGGGUCUUGCCCCAACUCCGGUACGCGGUCUUGUCCCUGUGGAGCUAAUCAACGCUUUGUACAAUGCCCUGAUGUUAUGGAAACUUGCCUUGGAACUUGUAAUAAGAAGCACGAGAACUGUGAACAUAGUUGCCCUGAAAAAUGUCAUAAAGGACCGUGCCCACCGUGCCAAGUGCUGGUCCAAAAGAAGUGUCUUUGCUCUGCUCAUGAGCGCUCACUCCCAUGUAGCAAGGAUUAUAAGUGUGAGACAAAAUGCCGAGGCACCAGGCCUUGUGGCAAACAUGCAUGUGCACGUAAAUGCUGCAAUGGUAACUGCCCCCCAUGUGAGAAACCAUGUGAUAAACCGCUGCAAUGUGGCCGGCAUAAAUGCACCAUGGUCUGUCAUCGAGGCCCUUGCUACCCGUGCCCCCUGGAAUCUAAAGUUACUUGUAGAUGUAAAGACACAUACAUAACAGUGCCUUGUGGAAGAGAAAAACAAACAAAGCCUCCGAAGUGCAAUCUUCCUUGUAAGAUAAAAUAUAAAUGUGGGCAUAUGGAAGAGAAUAAGCACGUUUGUCAUUUUGGUGACUGCCCCUCUUGCAAAGCUGUGUGUUACAAGACUUACUCUAAAUGCGGUCAUGAGUGCAAAGCUACAUGUCAUGAAUUUGUGGCUGUAAUCUUCAAACAAGUGGAAAAGCCAGCCACGCCAUGGGAAAUAGAGCCUCCGAAGACUAAGAUCAUGAGUUUGGAAUGCCCUCCAUGUGAAACACCUGUCUCUCUCAUCUGCUUUGGUGAACAUGAGACAGAAGAGCAGCCUUGCCAUUCGGCUAAACGUAGAUGCUGUGGGCGACAAUGUGGGCGUGCUUUGGCCUGCGGCAAUCACACCUGCUCUCUUCUAUGUCAUCUUUAUUCUCAAGACCCUAAUUACCCAAAUGUGCCUUACAAAUGUCAACCGUGUAACAAAGAAUGCCUUGUACCCCGUCCAGCGAAAUGUGCGCACAAAUGUUACAAAAAACAGUGUCAUCCAGGGCCUUGCCCACCAUGUGAGAUACUAGAAAGGAUCCCAUGUCAUUGUGGAGUUACAGAAUUAUAUUUACGCUGUAAAGAACUUAAAGAUGCAACUGAGGAAAUGUUGUCUUGUAAACAGCAAUGUCCAAAGAACUUGAGCUGUGGGCAUCGAUGCCGCAACAAUUGUCAUCCUGGAGAAUGCGGUGUAGGUCAAACAUGUACGAAGAAAACUAAAGUCAGCUGUGCUUGUGGGAAUUUGAGGAAAGAGUUCCCUUGCAACGUAGUAAAGAAUGGCAAAAAGUUAGAAUGUGAUGAAACUUGCGAGUCUAAAAAGGUUGCGUUGAAAUUAGAGAGAGAAAAAGAGGAAUUGAGACAGAAAGAGAUGGAAGAGGAGAGGAAUCGUAGGGAAUUGGCAGAGUAUGAGUGGAAGUUGAGCGGAAAGAAGAGGAAGUACAAGGAGAAGAAAGUUGUCACUAAUGUUGACAACAGAAAUUUUCUCCAAAAAUAUUGGAUUCCUAUAUUGUCUGUGCUGAUUGCAGGGUCGGCUAUUAUUUACUGUGUUAUUUAUGCAUAAGAAUUCGAUUUAACUUUAAGUUUUGCGUAUAAUUUAUACAUUUUUAUGACAUUAGUGGUAAAUUCCUGGUAGAAAAAUCAAAGGGUCGCUUUAGAACGGGAUGGCAGUGUGCUAAAUAAUUUUUAACCUUGUAAAAUAAUUAAGAGGCCCUGUACCUCGGCGGCGUCGGUCUGGACUGGAGUGACCCAAAGUGUCUACUUAUGAAAAUAAGCAUAGUAAUUAAGACGAAUGUUUACUU